AUGGGGGAUGCCUUCAUCCGGCACAUCGAGCUGCUGGGCUAUGAGAAAAGGUUUUUCCCCAGCCAGCACUAUGUCUACAUGUUCCUGGUGAAGUGGACUGCAAAUCUCGCCCCCCGCCGGUUUACCGAGAUAUACGAGUUCCAUAAAGCGCUGAAGGAGAUGUUCCCCAUUGAAUCCGGGGACAUCAACAUAGAGAACCGGAUCAUCCCACACUUGCCAGCCCCGAAAUGGUUUGACGGGCAGCGCUCGACCCAGAACAGGCAGGGCACACUGGCGGAGUACUGCUACAUGCUGGUCAACCUGCCCCACAAGAUCUCCCGGUGCCUGCACGUGGUCAACUUCUUCAAGGUCCGUCCCGAUGACAUGAACCCCGUCACGGACAGCCAGAUCAAGAAGCCCGAGGUCUUCCUCCUGCCAACGGAUGCCAAGAAAAACGCCACUGACAUCACGGGCCCCAUUGUCCUGCAAACCUACCGAGCCAUUGCUGACUAUGAGAAGAGCUCCACAUCCGAGAUGGCUCUAAAAGCUGGGGACAUGGUGGACGUCGUGGAGAAGAGCGAGAGCGGCUGGUGGUUUUGCCAGUUGAAGAAUAAACGGGGCUGGGUGCCAGCUGCCUAUCUGGAGCCGAUGGACGGUCCUGAUGAGUCUGAAGAGCAGGAGCCCAACUAUGCAGGUGAGCAGUACGUUGUCCAGAAAAGCUACACAGCCGUGGAGGACGACGAGUUGUCCCUCAAGGAGGGUGAUACCAUCGAAGUCAUCCACAAGCUCCUCGACGGCUGGUGGGUCAUCAGGAAGGAUGAAACCACGGGUUAUUACCCCUCCAUGUACCUGCAGAAAGCCGGGGAGGUGAACACCUCUGUGAAGAGCGAGCUGAGGAACCGGAGCGCUCCUCCACGAAGAUCCACCAUCCGAAACGCGAAGAGCAUCCACAAGCAGACCCGGAAGCAGAUCAGCCAGGAGACCUACAGGAGGAACAGCAAGAAGUACAUCCAGAGCCAGAGGAACCUGAAGAAAAAUUUCCAGAACAAGGCCAAUGUCAUCAUUGAGAAAAACGAGCAAGAGGAGAACAAGCCCAAGGCUCAACCUGCUGUUCCUCCCCGUCCCAGCAAAGACCUCAUCCUGAACCGCUGUACCGAGAGCACCCGGAGAAAGAUCCUGUGA